ACGUGCUGGAGCCGCCCCCGUUCCCCGUCCCGUCCCGUCCCGUCCCGGUUUCACAACCGCGGGCAGCGGCCGCACCGCGCGUGGCUCCGCCGAUGUUCUGCUGCCCGCAGCCGCUCAUCUUCUUCCUCCUCGCUGCCGCCGCCGCUCCCCGGCGGCCCUGCGGCCCCUUGGGGCUCUCCCAGGACACGGUGCUGGGCCGCCCCGGGGCCAACAUCACGCUGAGGUGCUGGGACGAGGGUCCGGGGAACGUCACCGUGUCCUGGCGGGCGGAGGAGCGGGGCCGGAGCCAGCGGCUGCCCGCGGGGAACGCGCUGCCCCUGCACCGCCUGCGCCACGAGGACGCGGGCACCUACAGCUGCUUCGUGGGGAGCCACCGCCUGCGCUCGCUGCGGCUGCUGGUGCAAGAGCCCCCCGAGACCCCCCGCGUCUCCUGCUACCGGCGGAGCCACGACCACGACGUGCUGUGCGAGUGGCCGCUGCGGGCAAAGCCGUCCCCGGGGACAAGGGCAAUGCUCUGGGUGAAGCAGAGGUUCACGGCUGAGAAUGCCACGGAGCAGCGGUGCCGUUUCUUCUCCAAGGCACAGAAGUUUGUUUGCCGGGUGAAGGUGCCCCGCGGGACCGAGGACACCAAACCCUUCCUGGUGUCCACGUGCGUCAGCAAUGGCGCUGGCAGCGCAGCCGGCGAGGACAAGAUCAUCACCCUCAAUGGUGUCUUGAGGCCCGAUCCCCCCCUCAAUGUGACGGUGACGGCUCUGGAGAAGGCACCGCAGCGGCUGCGGGUGAACUGGUCCUACCCCUUAUCCUGGGAUCACCGCUUCUACUGGCUCCGCUUCCAGGUCCGCUACCGCCCCGAGCCUGCCCUGACCUUCAGUGAGGUUGAUCAAGUGACAACAACAUGGCUAGACAUCCAUGACGCAUGGCGGGGCCUGCGGCACGUGGUGCAGGUGCGAGCACAGGAGGAGUUUGGACACGGUGCAUGGAGCGAGUGGAGCCAGGAGGCAGUGGGUGCCCCAUGGACAGACCCCAAGGACCUUAACUCUGACAUGGGAUUCUUCAGCUCCCAGUUCCCUAUGGAGGAUGGCACCUACGGGCUCACGCUGCCCCCCGAGCUCUUUGCGGAAGAUGGUGCUGAUGGCACUGGUGGGCCCAUCAUGGAAGCCAGUGCCCGCUCCACAGCAUCACCUUACGCCUUCCUGGUGGCCGGAGGGAGUCUAGUCCUGGGCAUUGCCCUCUGCAUUGGCAUUGUGCUGAGGUGCCGGCAGCUCUGGCGGAUGGGGGGGUGGCGGGGGGCGAAGCCAGAGGGGGAGGGGCAGCACGUGCUGGUACCCCUGGGCUCCCCCAGCCCCCCACUCAGUGACACCCCCCUGCUCUCCCCACCCUGCUCCCCAGCCCCUGGGGGGCUCCACGUCACCAGCCUGGACUACUUCUUCUCAGGGCAGUAGCUGGGCUCUGGAUGAGCUGUUGGGCACUCGCAGGUUGGGCUGGGGGAUCCCUGGUCCUGGGGGGUCCUGGGGCUUAGGAUGUGGCCCUGGGAGCAGCGUGCCCCCCCCACUAUCCAGAGAUGUGAAUGUGUCCCCAAGUCCCAUGGCUGGGAGAGGAGAUGGGGGGGGGGCAGAUCCGCACCCUCUCUACAGAGACUGGCUGGGGGAGGGGCCAAGCUGUGUCCCAGGGGCAGCUCUGGGGCCGCAGCCAAGCUGGGGUGGCUGCACUGGAGCGUGGGAGCUGGGCUGGGCUGUGCCCACAGGGAUGGGGCUGGGGGGCCCCUGGGGGGGGGCACCGGGAGGGCCUGGCUGGAUCAGCCCCAUCCCACGGGCCCCCCAUGGUGGGGAAAUGGGGCAAAACCUGUCUCAAAUAAACGCCUUUGGUUUAUAA